AUGCAUAAUUCUGGGACACAACAGGACCCUGCGAGGCAGGAUGGGUCCGAAUUAGCUUCUGCGGGACCCGAAAGGAGGAAGAGUCGACGGGAUACAAAAAGAAAAUCCUCUAGAGAAUCCAAGAAGUUGCAAAGGGAUCCGGAGAAGCGGGAUAAACGUCGCACGUACAGCUUCUCACCUGGCCGAAACGACAGUAUCCGCGUUGCUCGAGCCUCUGACAGACCACCCGUUCCCGCCAUACCGUUGAACUUAAAGGGCAAAGGUCGAGCCUUCACUGAGAAAGAAGGUUCGGCUCCUGCGGGAACGAAACCUCUUAGAGCAAGUACCCAGCCUCCAGAAAAUACCCAGGACUGGCAGAGGAUGCCCACCUUACACAAGAGGAGUGCCCAAGAACUGGCGCGGCGGAAAUCGAGCAAGAAACGGAAAGGCGAUCACGAUAGAGAAGCAGAGAUCAAGGCCAUGGUAGCAUUUAUGCCCACACGACCCGCUGCAGAUGUCAAUUCAUCUGGCAGACCAAUGAAGAGGGAAACGAUAAGAGGAGGGAAGGUUGUUCGCAAUUCGGAAAAUCAGUCCUCAGAUGUCUCGCUACCCCUCGCCGAGUCGUUGCGAUCUUCAACGUCCGGUCACUCAGAGCCUCAGACAUCUUUCGUCGUGUCUGGCUUCGAUAUGUUGGCACCUCGACCCACAAUCAGAUACUCUGAAAAUCCACGAUAUGUGCCAGGCGCAAGCGGGUUUGGGUCGACUCGGUCAGACUCAAAGAGAAAGCUAUCAGACCGCGUACCAAUGCCCGAAGAGACGUUGAAGGCAAAUAAGCGGGUAGAUGACCUCGCAGAUGAUCUCAGUGCAGGAGAGUUGCGAGAACUCAUGGAGCGCGAUGAAAAGCGGAGGGAGAAGAAGAAGAUAGCAGAAAGAAUAAAGAUAGAAAGGAGGCUUGCCAGGCGGCAAGAGAAACAGAGAGCUGAGGAGACUGAAGCAGCGCGGCAGGGCACUCCACCACCUAGCAAUAUGGAACGAGGAGUCCUAGGGAGAGAAGUCGUUGGUCUAGGCAUUGGGACGUCCGCAGUUGUCACUUCGAGUAAGAGAAAAAGCUCUGCUGGUUCGGACGAUGGGAGAGGGAUACGCCCAGCAGCAGAAUCUUUCAGACAAGAUUCUACAAUCAGUGCACACGACCCAUUUGCGGACCUUCAUCGCAGUGCUAGCCAGGCUACAGAGAAUUUCACUCCUGGCUCCGAGCGAUCGGAUCCUGUUAUUGAGACAGCUACUGUCGGUACCGUAGGAAAGGCCAGCGUUUCUCCCACUAUACCAGCAGCCAAAGGUCAUACUCGAGGACAAUCUAGCAUAUCUCAGAUGAUGGACCUCACCCAGUCGGAAGCUCCACAACCAUCAACAAUACCAGAGCCGACAAUGCAACCUGCGGCUGCACGAGCCAAGACACCUUCAUCUUGGACAUCAUUUUUCAAGUUACGUGGGGCGAAGAAACGACACACUCCGCCUUCAUCGUUUUCGAACACAUCACGAGAUUCUAUGCACGUUGGGCAAGCAUCACAAAUUGGUUACACCCCAAUGCGAUCAACAUCCAAUAUUCCCAAGCGUACUAUGUCUAAAUUCCGGGAAGAUCUUCCAGAGCUUCCUAUAUCACCACCAGAUUCGAGAGUUCAAUCUCCUGAAGCUGACAUCGUGCCGCCUAUCCGAACUGAUUAUGCAGAAAAGAGAACGGGCGUUCGUGCUUCCUCCGAUGAUCCACGUGUGCGAUACGACACUCCCACCAGCGGUUAUAGAUCUCUUGAUGCCACGCGAUUACCAGAUGAGACGCCUACUAGUGGGCAUCGAUCAACGGAUGCACCUUCACCGGAACACGCUACUAUCAUAUCGCAGUCGCUAGCUUCCAUCGACUCUGAGGGAUCUUGGCUUUCUGGUAGAAGAGCUGGAUCAAAGCGAGGCUCGUCGCAGUUAACACAGCAUGCGCCUAUUCGUGAUAGCUCGAGUUCUCUGAACAAAAAGUACAAAGAAUUCUCCGAGUCGGCCGAGGAGCUUGGCAUUGCGGAAGACGAAUACUUCAGUAGAUUGAGCCCCGGCCCGGAAGAGUCAUACAAGAUUCAAAGAAGAUCAGGCAAUCCAAUGCCUUCUAGCGAUGAUGAAGAAGGCGGUAGCAUUUCAAGUCCGAUCACAUCGGAAAAGUGGGGCGCUGUUGGUAGACAACCUACUGUUGUUCACCGAGAGCCCCGUGCCAAGUCAAGAGAAGGCCUUCUCAAUGAUUUCGACGAUGAUGAUGACUCUGGGAGCGAAAUGGCUUCAUCUCCGGUGGAUGCCGAAUCAAAUCGCGAAUCUGGACUUCAACGUGCUACCAGCGUCGACUUGGGCAAGAAUCAUGUGAGACACAUAAGUGCAGGCAGUGCAAGACUGCUUGACUUGAAGCCAAGGUCUUCAGUGGACUCACGGAGGGAUUCU